AGUACUUUAUUUACGGUCUUAAGUCGAACGGCUAGUGAACAUUUUGGAAGUUUUUGUUUGCGAGUGCUAAUGAUGACCCGCUAACGUUCCUCCUUCCUUAUUGUGUUAUAUUCGUUAAAUACCGUUUUAAAUAUGGCAGGAAGCUAUUAUUUUGCAAUAGUUGGUCACUUAGACAAUCCAAUAUUUGAAAUGGAACUUCCAUCGGCAAGUAAGGAAGUCAAGAAAGAAGAUCACAGACAUCUGAAUCAAUUCAUAGCACAUGCAGCUCUGGAUUUGGUGGAUGAACACAUGUGGAGGACUAACAAUAUGUAUCUUAAGUCUGUUGAUAAAUUCAAUCAGUGGUUUGUGUCAGCAUUUGUCACUGCAAGUCAUAUGAGAUUCAUUAUGGUGCAUGACAACAAAAAUGAAGAUGGAAUAAAAAAUUUCUUCAUGGAAAUGUAUGAAACAUAUAUAAAAUACUCUAUGAACCCAUUCUACAAAAUGAACACUCCAAUCAAGGCCCCUGCAUUUGAACGGAAGGCCCAGUUCUAUGGAAAAAAGUAUUUAUUUGGAUAACCUGUACACACCAGUGGAAAUGCUAAUGGCUGCUGUCAGAGGUUUCACCUGAUUUGUAAAAGCAGUCUGUACAUAUCUGUAAUCUUCUGUACCUACAAUUAAAACAGUUUUGGAUAAAGUGUACUGUUUUCUCUUAUGUGAUGUCUUGUAGUCCAGCAGAAGUUCAUUGGUGUUUCAGAGGAACAUUAUCUUCUUCAUUAGAGUUGAAGAGGAAGCCAAGUAAGCAGCAAGAGGUCUCAACUGGUGUGCAGUGGCACAUUGCAGAAAAUUGUACUCUUCAUAGUCACCACUAUGAGAACCUCAAAUCCAAUACAACUUUAUAUAAAUUUAAGUUAUCUCUUAAGUUAUAAAGACUGUUUGAAAUCUGUAUUCUUUUGUACAUCUGUAAAUAUCUUGCACCUGAAGAAAAUAAAAGGUUGAGUGUUGAAUUAGGAA